UUUACACGGUUAAGGAAAAGAGAACUGCGUCCCUCGCGUUGUGCACGAAAAAGUCCACGACGCGUUUAUUCUCACAGCCUUCCUCUGUUCUCUGCAACCUUUCCUAAGCCAAGUCCUCGAACUCAUUUCCACCCAUUGAAGUCCACUGUUUAACUUUUAGAUCCCCUUUAUCUUAUUCGUACCUAGAUCUCUGCAUUUCGGACCUACCUAGGGUUUUAUCUGAACUCAAAUGAUCCUUCCAUCUUCGUACAAUUUCUAGGGUUUCGAAUUGCUACAAACACACAUGGCUAGUGCUUACGACAACUGGGGUCGACUUGUGCGAGCCACUCUCCAGAGAGAGCAGCUUCGACUCCCAGGCCAAGGCCAUGAGAGGACCCCCAGCGGGAUCGCCGGUGCCGUCCCGCCUUCUCUCCGACGGGCCACCAACAUCGACGCGAUCUUGCAAGCGGCCGAUGAGAUACAAUCAGAGGACCCCAAUGUCGCCAGGAUUCUUUGUGAGCAGGCUUAUUCCAUGGCACAAAACCUGGACCCCGGCAGUGAUGGUAGAGGCGUUCUUCAGUUUAAGACUGGCUUGAUGUCUGUAAUCAAGCAAAAACUUGCCAAAAGGGAUGGUGCCCGAAUAGAUCGUAAUCGUGAUGUUGAACGCUUAUGGGAAUUUUACCAGCAAUAUAAGAGACGCCACCGAGUGGAUGAUCUUGAAAGAGAGGAACAAAAAUGGAGGGAAUCUGGGAAUUUUGGAGACUUGAAACUCAGAUCUUCAGAAAUGAAAACUGUAAUUGCCACUUUGAGGGCCCUGGUUGAGGUAAUGGAGGCGCUAAGCAAAGAGGCAGCUCCUGAUGGAGUGGGAAGACUUAUCAUGGAGGAGCUAAGAAGGUUAAAAAAAUCUGACGCUGCACUAUCAGGAGAGCUCAUGCCGUACAAUAUUGUACCUCUAGAGGCCCCAUCAUUAACCAAUGCCAUUGGAUUUUUUCCAGAAGUGAGAGGUGCAAUUUCAGCGAUUAGAUAUACCGAGCACUUCCCCAGGCUUCCAGCUGAUUUUGAGAUAUCCGGACAGCGGGAUGCGGACAUGUUUGAUCUUCUAGAUUAUGUUUUUGGUUUUCAGAAAGACAACAUAAGGAACCAGCGGGAGAAUGUUGUUCUUAGUAUAGCAAAUGCUCAGACACGACUUGGAAUACCUGUUAAGGCUGAUCCAAAGAUAGACGAGAAAGCAAUUACCGAGGUUUUCUUGAAGGUAUUGGAUAACUACAUUAAAUGGUGCAGAUAUUUGCGCAUACGCCUUGUAUGGAAUAGUUUAGAAGCAAUUAAUAGGGAAAGGAAGCUUUUUAUGGUUUCAUUGUAUUUCCUUGUAUGGGGUGAAGCUGCGAAUGUUCGUUUCCUUCCUGAAUGCAUUUGCUAUAUAUUUCACCAUAUGGCCAAAGAGUUAGACGCAAUCCUGGAUCAUGGUCAAGCUGAUCAUGCUGCUAGUUGUAAAGGUGAAAGCGGUUCAGUAUCCUUCCUUGAGCAAAUCAUUUGUCCGAUAUAUGAGACGAUGGUGGCGGAAGCUGAUAGGAACGAUAAUGGGAAGGCUGCACACUCAGCUUGGAGGAAUUAUGAUGACUUCAAUGAAUAUUUCUGGUCACCUGCUUGCUUUGAAUUGAGCUGGCCUAUGAAGAAGGAGUCAUCUUUUCUUUUGAAGCCUAAAGGGAAGAAAAGGACUGGAAAAAGCACUUUCGUUGAGCAUCGUACAUUUCUUCACUUAUAUCGAAGUUUUCAUCGUAUGUGGAUAUUUUUGGUUGUGAUGUUCCAGGCAUUGACAAUUGUAGCCUUCAAUAAAGGAAAAAUAAAUCUGAAUACUUUUAAGACCGUACUUAGUAUUGGACCAACUUUUGCCAUCAUGAACUUCAUUGAGAGUUGUUUGGAUGUUCUGCUUAUGUUUGGGGCUUAUACCACAGCGAGAGGCAUGGCUAUCUCCAGGAUGGUUAUUAGGUUCUUCUGGUUUGGCUUGAGCUCUGUGUUUGUGACAUAUAUAUAUGUGAAAGUUUUGCAGGAAAGAAAUAAACAGUUCUCAGAUUCAUUCUAUUUUCGGAUUUAUGUUAUUGUACUGGGUGUUUAUGCUGCUGUGCGCCUAGUCUUUGCAUUGUUACUUAAGUUUCCGGCUUGUCAUUCACUGUCUAGAAUGUCUGAUCAAUCAUUCUUUCAAUUUUUCAAGUGGAUUUAUCAGGAGCGAUACUUUGUUGGCCGCGGUCUUUUUGAAAAGACUCGUGAUUAUUUGAGGUAUGUGCUGUACUGGUUGGUGAUUUUUGCAUGCAAAUUUACUUUCGCCUACUUUCUCCAGAUUAAGCCACUUGUCGAACCCACCAAUAUUAUUGUGGACCUUUCUUCACUGAAAUACUCAUGGCAUGAUUUGAUCUCGGAGAACAAUCAUAACACAUUGACUAUAGCUAGCCUGUGGGCUCCUGUUGUGGCUAUAUAUAUCAUGGACAUUCACAUAUGGUAUACUCUCUUAUCUGCCAUUAUUGGUGGUGUUAUGGGUGCACGGGCUCGGUUAGGCGAGAUACGUUCAAUUGAAAUGGUGCAUAAACGCUUUGAGAGCUUUCCAGGAGUCUUUGUCAAGAAUCUUGUGUCUUCAGAAACAAAAAGGAUCCCUUUCAACAGACAGUCAACUGAGCCGGAUUCUCAAGAGACCAACAAGACAUGUGCGGCCAUGUUUUCCCCAUUUUGGAAUGAGAUCAUCAAAAGUUUGCGUGAAGAAGAUUACAUAAGUAAUCGGGAGAUGGACUUGCUUUCUAUGCCUAGUAACACUGGAAGUCUGAGAUUAGUUCAGUGGCCUUUGUUUCUUUUGAGUAGUAAGAUCUUGUUGGCGAUUGAUUUAGCUUUGGAUUGCAAAGAUACACAAGAAGAUCUUUGGAAUAGAAUUUGCAGUGAUGAUUAUAUGGCAUAUGCUGUUCAGGAGUGCUACUACAGUGUGGAAAAAAUUUUACAUUCCCUGGUUGAUGAUGUUGGCAGACUUUGGGUUGAAAGGAUCUUUCGUGAGAUCAACACUAGUAUAUUGGAGGGUUCACUUGUUAUAACCUUAUCACUUAAGAAGCUUCCACUGGUGCUGUCAAGAUUUACGGCCUUGCUUGGGCUCUUGGUACGGAAUGAAACUGAUGCACUUGCAAAGGGUGCUGCAAACGCGUUAUUUGAUCUAUAUGAGGUUGUUACGCAUGAUCUGCUGUCAUCUGACUUAAGGGAGCAGCUGGAUACGUGGAAUAUAUUGUUAAGGGCAAGAAAUGAGGGGCGGCUAUUUUCUAGGAUAGAAUGGCCCAAGGAUCCUGAAAUUAAGGAGCAGGUGAAACGGUUGCAGCUGCUUCUUACUGUAAAGGACUCGGCAGCUAAUAUACCAAAGAAUCUUGAAGCAAGAAGACGAUUGGAGUUCUUCACAAACUCAUUAUUUAUGGACAUGCCUCCAGCAAAGCCAGUUGCUGAAAUGGCGCCAUUCUGUGUCUUCACCCCAUACUACAGUGAGACUGUACUUUAUAGUUCUUCUGACUUGCGGGUUGAAAAUGAAGAUGGAAUUUCUAUUCUUUUCUAUCUUCAGAAGAUUUUUCCAGAUGAAUGGGAGAAUUUUUUGGAACGGAUUGGUCGUGGUGAUACUGUGGAUGAAGAACUUCAAGAAAGCUCUAGUGAUUCAUUGGAGCUUCGGUUUUGGGCAUCUUAUCGUGGGCAGACACUAGCUAGGACAGUGCGGGGUAUGAUGUAUUAUAGAAGGGCAUUAAUGCUACAAAGUUAUUUGGAAGGGAGAUCACUGGGAGUAUCUUCAGAGGAUAAUUAUUCUCAAGCUAACUUCCCCACAACUCAAGGUUUUGAGUUAUCGCGUGAAGCACGAGCACAAGCUGAUCUUAAGUUCACUUAUGUAGUUUCGUGCCAAAUCUAUGGGCAACAAAAACAGAAAAAGGCUGUGGAAGCAGCUGAUAUUGCUCUUUUGUUGCAAAGGAAUGAGGCGCUUCGAGUCGCUUAUAUACAUGUGGAAGAUAGUGGCGUAACUGAUGGAAGAGUUUUAAAGGAUUUUUAUUCAAAGCUUGUUAAAGCUGAUGCAAAUGGGAAAGAUCAGGAAAUAUAUUCCAUUAAACUUCCUGGAGAUCCUAAACUUGGGGAAGGGAAGCCUGAGAACCAAAACCAUGCUAUUGUCUUCACUCGUGGGGAAGCUGUUCAAACCAUUGACAUGAAUCAGGAUAACUACCUUGAGGAGGCAAUGAAAAUGAGAAAUCUUCUUGAGGAAUUUCGAGGAAACCAUGGUCUUCGACCUCCAACUAUUCUUGGCGUAAGAGAGCAUGUGUUCACAGGAAGUGUCUCGUCUUUAGCCUGGUUUAUGUCCAAUCAAGAAACUAGUUUCGUGACCCUUGGCCAACGUGUUUUGGCAAAUCCUCUCAAAGUCCGUAUGCACUAUGGACAUCCAGAUGUCUUUGAUCGUAUCUUUCAUAUAUCUCGAGGCGGCAUUAGUAAGGCGUCACGGGUUAUUAAUAUUAGUGAAGAUAUAUAUGCAGGGUUCAAUUCCACAUUGAGACAGGGUAACAUUACGCACCAUGAGUACAUUCAGGUUGGAAAAGGAAGAGAUGUUGGGUUAAACCAAAUUGCUCUAUUUGAAGGUAAAGUAGCCGGUGGAAAUGGGGAGCAAGUUCUGAGCAGGGAUGUUUACAGGAUUGGACAACUUUUUGACUUCUUUAGGAUGCUCUCUUUCUACUUCACAACUGUCGGUUACUAUGUGUGCACAAUGAUGACAGUUCUUACAGUAUAUGUUUUCUUAUAUGGAAGGGCAUACCUGGCUUUCUCUGGACUUGAUUAUCAAAUUUCACGGGAGGCUAAAAUUUUGCGUAACACUUCACUGGAUGCGGUUCUAAAUGCUCAAUUUUUGGUCCAGAUUGGAGUUUUUACUGCUGUCCCAAUGAUAAUGGGUUUCAUACUUGAAAUGGGGUUGCUUAAGGCUGUUUUCAGUUUCAUUACAAUGCAGCUGCAGCUAUGUUCUGUCUUCUUCACCUUCUCACUAGGAACUAGAACUCAUUAUUUUGGACGUACUAUCCUUCACGGCGGUGCAAAAUACAGAGCAACAGGUAGAGGCUUUGUUGUCCGUCACAUCAAGUUUGCUGAGAAUUACAGGCUUUACUCAAGAAGUCAUUUUGUUAAGGCGCUGGAAGUGGCACUGCUCCUUAUUGUUUACAUUGCAUAUGGGUACUCGAAGGGGGGUGCUGCUUCAUUUAUCCUGCUUACUCUUAGCAGUUGGUUCCUUGUUAUCUCGUGGCUCUUUGCCCCUUAUAUCUUUAACCCCUCCGGUUUUGAGUGGCAAAAAACUGUGGAGGAUUUCGAAGAUUGGACUGAUUGGCUUUUGUAUAAAGGUGGAGUUGGAGUUAAGGGAGACAAUAGCUGGGAAUCUUGGUGGGAUGAAGAGCAGAUUCAUAUCCAUACUUUGAGAGGUCGGAUACUGGAAACAAUUUUAAGCCUGAGGUUUCUCAUAUUUCAAUAUGGCAUUGUGUACAAACUCCAUCUUACUGGAAAGGACACAUCACUUGCGAUUUAUGGCUUCUCCUGGGCUGUAUUGAUUGCAAUUGUUAUGAUAUUUAAGAUAUUCACCUUUAGCCCAAAAAAAUCCACCAGCUUCCAGCUCAUGAUCCGAUUCAUUCAAGGAGUCGCAUCCUUGGGACUUGUUGCAGCCCUUUGCCUCGUUAUUGCCUUUACUAGCCUAUCAAUUGCAGACUUAUUUGCUAGCAUCCUUGCAUUUAUUCCUACUGGAUGGGCCAUUUUAUGUAUAGCAAUCUCAUGGAAGAAAUUAAUACGGAGCCUAGGCUUAUGGGAGUCAGUGCGGGAGUUUGCCAGGAUGUAUGAUGCUGGAAUGGGUGUGUUAAUCUUUGCUCCCAUUGCACUGCUUUCUUGGUUCCCCUUUGUUUCCACCUUCCAGUCUCGCCUACUGUUUAACCAAGCAUUUAGCCGCGGACUGGAGAUCUCCAUCAUCCUUGCUGGGAACAAGGCUAACGUUGAGUCCUGAUCAUCGUCUUUUUGUUUUGGGAAAGAAGGGCUACGGUUUCAACCUUGUAGAGAUUGUAUAUUCCUUACUGGAAACAAAGCAAAUGUUGAAGUCUGAUUAUUGUCUUUUCGUUCGGGGAGAGAGGGGCUACGGUUGCAACCCUAUAGAGAUUGUAUAUCUGAACUGCAAAUCUUUUUGUAUCAUAUCCGCUUGUGUUUUCCCCGUUGUUGCUGGUACAUGUAUCGAUGCAUCGGGUAAAAUACAUUGACAGUGUUUCCCUCUUUUUUGUGAAUAUUUGAGGGAUAUGAAUUGUUUCUUUCUCAUUAGUUGCCUUUAUACCUUUUCUUGUGAA